AUGGACGAGCUUUUCGACGUCUUUGACGACCAGCCCAAGGCCGGCGCGGCCACGGGUGCGCCCCCGAAGCGUGUCAAAAAAGACAAAAAAGACAAAUUGAAGAAGCGUGCUGCUAAUGGCGAUGUCAAGCAAAACGGCGUUGCGGCAGAAGCCAUGGAGGAUGUGACCAUGUCGGAGGCACCUGGUGCCGAUAAUGCCUCUCCAGCGCCCACACCCGCGUCGCCUCCUGCCGAUAAGGACCAGCCUGAAACAAAGCGUCUUCGACUUGACGAAGCACCGCAACCCGUUGUCGCCGAUUCUUUUGAAACCGAACAAGAGCAAGAAAUCGCGGCCGCCGCCGGCCUCCAAGGCAGCCCAAAUGAGACCUCAAUUAAAGUGUCCCACCAAGUGCGCCAUCAAGUGGCGAUUCCACCAGAUUACCCUUACGUUCCUCUUUCGCAACACAAGCAGCCUGAGGAACCAGCGAAGACAUGGUCCUUCACACUCGAUCCAUUUCAGCAACUUGCGGUUAACGCCAUCCAGCGCGAGGAGAGUGUGUUGGUAUCGGCUCACACUAGUGCCGGAAAAACUGUUGUUGCAGAAUAUGCAAUUGCGCAAAGUCUGAAAAAGAACCAGCGUGUCAUUUACACCAGUCCGAUCAAGGCUCUGAGUAACCAGAAGUACCGCGAGUUCGCUGCUGAAUUUGGCGACGUCGGACUCAUGACGGGUGACGUUACCAUCAAUCCAACAGCCACAUGUCUCGUUAUGACGACUGAGAUCCUUCGCUCCAUGUUGUAUCGUGGAUCGGAAAUCAUGCGAGAAGUUGGAUGGGUCGUUUUCGAUGAGAUCCACUACAUGCGCGAUUUAAAUCGUGGUGUCGUUUGGGAAGAGACCAUCAUCCUACUUCCUGACAAGGUUCGAUAUGUCUUUCUCUCGGCCACAAUUCCCAAUGCCAUGCAAUUUGCCGAAUGGGUCGUCAAGAUGCACAACCAACCUUGUCACGUCGUCUACACAAAUUACCGUCCAACCCCACUCCAGCACUACUUCCAUCCGGCUGGUGCUGACGGUAUUCAUCUUGUCGUUGACGAGAACGGCGUCUUCCGCGAAGAGAAUUUCCAAAAGGCCAUGGGCUCUAUCGCAGACAAGAAGGGUGAGGAUCCCGCCAAUGCUUUGGCGAAGCGGAAGGGCAAAGGGAAAGACAAGUCCAUCAACAAGGGUGGGGAGAAAGAACUGUCUGACAUUUUCAAAAUUGUGAAAAUGAUCAUCAUGAAGAAGUUGAACCCAGUUAUUGUCUUCAGCUUCAGCAAGAGAGAGUGCGAAAGUGGCGCUUUGCAGUUGAAGAACCUGGCCUUCAAUGAUGAUUCGGAGAAGGAGAUGGUGCAAAAGGUUUUCGACAGUGCCAUGGAGAUGUUGUCGCCAGAGGACCGAAUGUUACCUCAGAUCAACAAUCUCUUGCCUUUGCUCCGCAGAGGUGUUGGUAUCCACCACUCCGGUCUUCUUCCUAUCCUCAAAGAGACUAUCGAGAUUCUCUUCCAAGAAGGUCUGAUUAAAGUACUGUUUGCCACGGAGACUUUCUCGAUUGGUUUGAACAUGCCUGCGAAAACUGUGGUCUUUACAAGUGUUCGCAAAUUCGACGGUACCAGCCAGCGAUGGGUCACUCCAUCAGAGUUUAUUCAGAUGUCAGGACGCGCCGGUCGUAGAGGUCUUGACGAUCGAGGCAUUGUCAUUAUGAUGGUUGGUGAAGAGAUGGACCCUGCGGUAGCCAAGGAGAUUGUGCGUGGUGAGCAAGACCGAUUGAACUCGGCCUUCCACCUGGGAUACAAUAUGAUUCUCAACCUCAUGAGAGUUGAAGGCAUUUCUCCCGAGUUCAUGCUUGAGAGGUGCUUCAAGCAAUUCCAAAAUACAGGCGACAUUGCUUCCUUGGAGGCAUCCCUUCGUGAGAUGGAGAUCAAGAAGACACAAAUGGUCAUCUCUGACGAGGGCACCAUCAGGGAAUAUUACGACCUCCGUACCCAGCUCGACACCUUUGCCGAUGACGUUCGUGCCGUUUUCACUCAUCCUGACCACUGCCGCCCAUAUCUGAAGCCCGGUCGCCUGGUUCAAAUCAAGUACCAGGGCCGCGAUUUCGGAUGGGGCGCCGUCGUCAAAACAUCCCAACGAAAACCGGGUAAUAAUUCCAAAGAGCCGAUCGAGCCGCAUAAGGAAUGGGUUGUCGACGUUCUCUUAAAGAUCGCAGAGGGACAAUCCGUUGCCACAAAGACUUUCCAAGACCUGCCCUCUGGCAUCCACCCAGCUCAACCUGGAGAAUCAAGCCGAUUUGAGGUGGUUCCCGUUGUACUUUCCUGCAUCCACAACAUCAGUUCCGCUGCCAUCUCCAUGCCCAAGGAAAUGAAGAGCACCAACUCCAGAAAGAGUGUGGGUGACCAUGUGGAUGAAGUUCUUCGUCGAUUCCCCGAUGGCUUACCUUCAAUCGAUCCCGUAGAGGACAUGAAAAUCAAGGACGAUUCGUUCAAAAAGCUGCUGCGAAAAAUCGAAGUUCUAGAAUCCCGCCUAUUGGGAAAUCCCCUCCACCAUUCCCCUCGACUGCCCGAAUUGUAUGACCAAUACGUGGCUAAAGUUAAUCUGACGAAUGAGAUCAAGUCGACCAAGAAGAAGAUUAGCGAGGCGAUGUCGAUCAUGCAAUUGGACGAGUUGAAGUGCCGCAAGCGUGUGCUUCGCCGGUUCGGCUUCAUCAACGAGGCGGAAGUUGUUCAGCCGAAGGCUCGUGUCGCAUGUGAGCUUAGCACUGGUGAUGAGCUGAUGCUUGCUGAGUUGCUUUUCAACGGCUUCUUCAACAAUCUUACCCCCGAGCAGGUGGCAGCUGUGAUCAGCGUCUUUGUAUUCGAGGAGAAAGUUAAGGAAGCUCCUCCGUUGACCAAAGACGAGCUUGCGAAGCCGCUCAAGGAGAUUCAGUCCCAAGCACGAAUCAUCGCCAAGGUAUCCCAGGAGUCAAAAAUGGCUGUCAACGAGGACGAAUACGUCCAGAGCUUCCACUGGGAGUUGAUGGAAGUCGUGUACGAUUGGGCACAUGGAAAGUCCUUCGCCGAGAUUUGCAAAAUGACGGACGUCUACGAAGGUAGUCUUAUCCGUGUCUUCCGCCGGCUGGAAGAGUGCCUGCGUCAGAUGGCGCAGGGUGCCAAGGUAAUGGGCAGUGAGGACCUGGAGAUCAAGUUCGAAGAGGCGCUGACCAAGGUCCGCCGUGACAUUGUGGCCGCUCAGUCCCUCUAUCUGUAG